AUGCCGUCAUCCACACCGGAGAUAGAAGAUUAUCAUGUCGCGUGGAUCGCCGCCCUACCGAUUGAAUUCAGCGCUGCAACAGCCAUGCUGGACGAGCACUACGAGCAUCGCAAUGAUGACACCACACUGUAUACCUUGGGUCGGAUAGGCUCACACAACAUCGUCGUCGCCUGCCUGCCUGCCGGCCAUAUCGGAACCACGUCAGCCGCUACAUCCCUUGUCGAAGUGGUACAUAAAUUCCCAGCUCUCCGCGUCGGUCUCCUCGUUGGCAUUGGUGCCGGGGUACCAAGUCCUGAAGCGGAUAUACGCCUUGGUGACGUCGUGAUAAGUCAGCCUACACGAGGCUACGGCGGGGUGAUACAUUAUGAUUUCGGAAAGGUCGAGCCGGACGGGCAACAUCGUCGGAUAGGGUAUCUAAAUGGACCACCGCUAGUGCUCCUUUCGGCUCUCUCAAAAUUGAGGUGGAUACUCGAAACGGGCACCAGCCAAAUAGGAUCUCAUCUCAGGUCGCUGCAAACAUUGGCGGCCUUUCGCCAGACAAAUACAACGCCCGACCAUCUAUUCCGGGCAGAUUAUAAGCAUCAAGAUGGUCCGACGUGUGAAAAUUGUGACCCGAUAAUGGUAGUCACCCGGCCUGAGCGGGAUAAAAAUGGCCCCAGCAUUGUUCUCCAUUGUGGUUUGAUUGCGUCGGGUAACCAGGUAAUGCGUGAUGGAGUCACAAGGGAUAAACUAAGUAGCGAGUUUGGAGGUGUCUUCUGCUUUGAGAUGGAGGCUGCUGGGCUUCUGAAUAUCCUGCCCUGUCUUGUCAUUCGGGGAAUCUCUGAUUACGCAGACUCGCAUAAAAACAAGACAUGGCAGCCUCGUGCCGCUGGCAACGCUGCUGCAUACGCAAAGGAGCUCCUAAAAUGCGUCCCUCCUUUUUCUACGGCGAGACGGCCGAGUUCGGAAGGGAGCAUAACCCGGAAUAGUGCAAGAUCGAUGGUAGGGCGACGAGUUUCUGGACGUAAUAACGCGACCUCAGAUGGAAAUACAACAGAGCCGCCGCCAAUGGGGACCAUCGAACAUUCCCUGGGCCUUCACCAGCUAUACCCUAGCUCGACUCGGAAUUUACCCUUCGGCUUCGAUGUUAUAGCAGUGCACGGUCUUGGCGAUGCGCGGUCAACGUGGACGAAGGGUACGACGCUCUGGCUUCGAGAUCUACUGCCCGAACUGUCCUCGUUCCGGGAUGCACGUAUUAUGGCAUUUGGCUACGACCCGCAAAGCUUUUUCCGUGAGCUUUCAUCGAUGGCUCCUGGGAGACUCUUCACAUUUGCAGAGGAUCUUCUUAGUGAUCUCGCAGACAUACGUGCUUCGCGGGCGCACAAGAACAGACCCAUAAUAUUCAUUUGCCAUUCUAUUGGCGGUCUCAUUGUUAAAAUCGCCCUCCGGUAUGCAAAUGAGCGCCAGAGACUAUUCGGAAACAUAGCAGCAUCAACGAAAGCGAUAUUGUUCUUCGGGACCCCACAUCAGGGCUCGGAUGCGGCGGCAUACCUCACUAGUAUCCAAGAAGCCGUGCUGAUCGAUCAAACAGAUUUGGUUGAUGAUUUAGCGACGUGGUCAGCGCCCCUGAUCGAGCUCACCACCGGUUUCAGCGAGAUCGCUCCGAACUAUGACAUAACAACCUUCUUCGAGCAGAGAGCUACAAAUGGUGUCGUUGUUGUUUCUGAAGGGUCUGCAAGAAUGGGGCAAGCGAAUGAGCAAAUUCGCGGUCUGAACGUGGAUCACGUCUCGCUAUGCAGGUUUACCAGUGCAGAUAAUAAUUGGAGAAUCGUCUCCAGAAGGCUCGAGGCAAUUGCCAGCUCGAUCAGCGGGUAG